AUGUCGGACGACGAGGCCGAUCCUGAGCUCCUGGAGCUCCUCCGCCAGCACCUCCAGGGCCAACAGCCCGCUGUCGAGCCGGAGCCCGAGACUGGCGUCCUAGAGGGAUGCGAGUACAUCUACGACAACUGCAUCGACGUCGCCCUCGACAUGCUGGCCUCCAAGAAGGCCGCCGAGACUAUCUAUCUCAAGAUGCAGGAGAAUAACUACUCGACGGCCACGUGGAGCGAUCACGAGCUACAUCCCAAGGAUAAGGACGAGUCCACCGUCGACUUCAUCUUCACCAUGGACCUGCUCAACUUUUCAUUCUGGUCUGAGCUGCCAGAUGAUGAGCGCUUCGCCGUCGAAUACAAGGGCAAGCUGCGAACUGGAUACUGGAGCCUGGUUGCUUCACUCCAGAGAGCCCUUGAUGAGGGCAUUCCCAUAACGGAUCCCCAUUACUGGCAAGAUGAAACCAAGUGUAACCUCGAGUCUCUAAGACACGUCUUCCGCUCCGCCACGGAAGAGGAGAUGCCCCUGAUCGAGGAGCGUCUAGACUGCCUUAGAGAGGCCGGUCAAGUUCUCCACGAGUAUUAUGAUGACUCUCCCGUCAACCUCAUCCAGGCAGCAGAUGGCUCGGCCGCCCGUCUCGUCAACAUGCUCGCCCGCGACUUUGACUGUUUCCGCGAUGAGCACUACUACGAAGGCCGUUCCAAACCCGUCCGCUUCCUCAAGCGCGCCCAGAUCCUGGUGGCGGACCUGUGGGCCUGCUUCAACGGCCAGUCCUACGGCGAGUUCCGCGACAUCGACAAGAUCACCAUUUUUGCCGACUACCGCAUCCCCCAGAUGCUCCUGUCCCUCGGCGUGCUCUACCUAAGUCCUACCGUGGCUGCUGCCAUAAAGGACAAGCAACUGCUCGAGAGCGGUGGGUUGUGGGAAAUGCAGCUUCGAGCCUGUAGCAUCUGGGGCGUAGAGCUUCUCCGCAGGCAGAUCAAGAGAGAACACCCAGAAACCCAUGUCAAUGCGAUCCUGAUAGACUUUUUCCUCUACGAUACCAUGAAGGAACUGGAGAAGGAAGGGAAAGAGACUCUCCCGCAUCACCGUACUCGAAGUAUAUGGUACUAG